CAUAAAUAGUUCUUCCAAGUAAUUUGGACACAUGUGGGUAAGUGUCUUAGUGUUACUUUAAUGUCCUGAUGUCAAAGACGUCGCUGUGUGUUGUGACGUCCUCAUAAACCCAUGAUGCAGUUCUGAUCAAGUUUAUAGGUCACCGUGCUAGCCUUGAGCUAGUGUAUGUUAAUGUGUGUUUGAGUGUAUGUCGAUGGGGAUCUAAGUGUGUGAGCCGUUGUCUGUCAGUCUCACUGGGGAACUGUCAGAGAUCACUGCUCACCUGUCAAUCACACGGUGAGAAGCCAAAGGGAUGUUCUCUACCCUGAGACGUGCAGACACAGAUGUGCUGAGGCCCAGAAAUUCUACUUAACAUUCAAAUCCCUUACAGACAGCAGUGGUUGGAGAGUGCAGCAGUAAUUACACAGCCGACAGUGCUCGUCUAAUCAGCCUGAUUUACAUAUUCCUAAUAUUGACAUUAAUUAAUAUUGGUGCAAGCACAAAAAGGUCAUGCAGACACAAAAAUGAUGAGACCUUUUUUUUAUCCAUGGGGAAACACGUUGGAAAAAGUGGUUAGUAUUAGGCAUGCACCGAUCUCAAUACAUCGUAUCGUGCCCUCGAUGGCGUGUGCCGAUCCAGUGAUCCGAUACUCCGUAACGGCUUUUCGCCACAACCUGAGCCGAGCAGCGGUCAGCCAGUGUUGUGCCGCUUCCUCCUCCGAGACAGUUUCGAGUUUGUUUAAAAAGGGUUUUGUUUCUCCUAUUAAACGUCUAGUCUGGUCCAAGUCUAGUCGACGGUCAGUAGAUCGAAGCAGCGUCUCACGCCGCCGAUUGCACACUGUCCCUCUGUAUCCUCCUGACUACAUCAUCCACCCUGAGAGGCUAAUCUUCGACUACGUGGAGAAGGAAGUGAAGUUCCUGGGACAUCUGACCUGGGUGUCGGUCACAUUGAAUCCCUCCAGUCGAGAUGAGCUCUUACAACUGCUGGACACAGCCAGGCAGCUGAGGGUGCUGCCAUUAAAGACCAGCGUGGAUCAGGACUGUAUCCUGAGUCUCUCUGCUCGCUGUCUUCUUCUCACAUGGCGAGACAAUGAGAAAUUACUCAUGAGGGUUCCAACACAUGAAAUUGCUGCUGCCUCCUACCUGCGGGAUGAUGCACUGCACCUUCUGGUCUUGAAGACAGGUCUGAACGUGGAUACUGUGGUUGCUGGGGACGAUAGUUUGGAUAGAAAGAAACCGACGGGCAUCGACGGAAGACGUCAAACAAUGAGCAGUAACGCCGACCCGCGACCUGCAGGGGGCACAAUGGAAAGACGACACACCAUCUGUGGUGUUGACUGGAGGCCGUCACUGUCCAGGAGUAACCAUGACAAAAACCAGAACAUAGAGAGAGGAGGAGGAGGAGGGGGAUGUGGAGGAGUUGAAAGAGGAGGAGGAGGAGGAGGAGGAGGAGGUGGUAGCCUAGAAAGGAAGAGGGUUGGAGGGAGCUGGGAGAGGAGGCAGCAAACACGCAAAACUGGAGGGAGUUGGGAAAAUCGCAGAGCCAGACCUAUGAGUGGGAGCUGGGGUGUGGGAGUGGGUGGAGGUGGGAGUUGGGAAAAGAGGCAUGGUGGAGGGGGAGGAGGAGGUGGAAGUGCAGGGAGUUGGGACAGAAGAGGAGGUGGCAGUGGAGGAGGUGGUGCAGGGAGCUGGGAACGGCGGCAGGCCUGCACAGGGAGCUGGGAACGGGGUAAGAGCUACGGCAGCUGGGAGCGGAGGAACCACAACCCGCUGGAGCCCACGCCCUGCCCUGACGCCUACUGUAACCUGGUCAUCCUGGCUGUGGAGAACAAGGAUGCUGCGGAGGAAUACUGUUCUCUCAUCUGUCAAAUGUUCCAGAUCAUUUACGGCCAUCAGACCAUCGAGUGUGUCGACAGGGCCGGCUUCCACCACACCAUGCCUGACCGCUACUGGCUGCAGAGGAGUGACAGUUGCCUGACUGACAUGUCCUACAGCUACGACCCAGAGUUCAGUUGCUGCAGCUCUUAUGAUGGCUCUCAGGAUGCCUUUGAGCUGUACUACAGUGAGACGUACAGCGAGAGCUCAUCUCUGUCGCUGCAGGACUCGCAUCGCAGUCUGGCUUCAGCAAGUGACGCAGGAGAAAAUAACCCUGCUCUCCUGCUGAUGCAGGAGUACAUGAUCACACUGCGGAACAAGCUGAGCCCGCUAGAAUUGCAGCAGUUUGCUGUGCUACUGAGAGAAUACAGACUCGGGUCCAACAUCGAUCACUUCUGCUCUGAGCUGCUGCAACUGUACGGAGACAACCGCAAGUUCCUACUCAUGGGCAUGCGUCCAUUCAUCCCAGACAAAGACGUCGGUGUGUUUGAGGGUUUCCUGGAGAGCAUAGGGAUCCGUGAGGGUGGGAUACUGACUGACAGCUUUGGACGAAUCAAACGUAGCAUGAGCAACACAUCAGCUACAGCCAUGAGAGGGUAUGACAACUGCUCCUUGGCCUCGGGUUCUCAGGAAUUCAACAGACGUAUUACAGACAUCACACAGGACAUUCAGGCCCUUGGAUUUCAGGACACACAUGGUGACAUCGAGGAGGAGGAUUACUACCUGUGAUGUGGGGAUAAGAAGAACGUGGAGCCCUCGGAUCUAAAGCAGACUGAAGCCCAUCCUGCACAGACAGGUAGUCAGCCCAGCAGUCUAUGAUGUAUUUAACUGCAGUUGUAACUGCACAGAUAAAAUGAUAAAAUUACCAUAAUACUUAUACAAAAGGUGUAAAUGUAUGUUACGAUAAAGACAUACUCUGUACAAUAUUGACAGAUUGAACUUUGGUUGGAUAUAUAUGUGGAUAAUAAUAAUAUUAUAUAUAAUAUAUAACAAUAUAAUAAUAUUAUUAUGUUAAUGUUAUUAUUAUAUAACAUUUUUAGUCAUUUUGAGAGGAAUUGUAGUGACAGCAAAUUGCCACCAGAGGGCAGUUAAAAAGGAUCAUGAUCCGAUCACUACAAAAAUCGAGUACUAAUAUAAAUACUAAUAUAAAGACAACAGUGACAGGGAAUUAUCGAUCCCUAUUGUCUUCUGUGUCCAUGUUUGUGUCCCAGUGCUGUACUGACCCUGACCCUGAAUGCAGCAUUCUGACCUUUCCCAUGGUGCACUGCUUCUCUGCCUGCAGGCUGUUUCCUCUGCCAGCCUCACUGAACAUCACAGGAAGUCAAACCUCUCAGGGGCUUCAUAUGAGUCACAUUACUUCCCUUCACUUCAUUACGGCGCUUUCAAAUACAUCAUCUUUUUUUUUCUCUUUUUUUUAACUUCUGCGUCUGCCCACUCCCCAUGACCCUGAAGGGACAAGGUCACUUGAUAGAUGGAAGUAGGACCUGCACUUAGAGAAAUUGAUAGCGAAUAAAAACAAAGAAAAAUCAAAAUAAAUUCUGAAUUAAUUGUUGAACUUCACACUUGAACCCAUCGGUAUCUCCUGAGGUAGAUCAGCUUUGAAAUAUGCGCUUUGUCACAAAGUAAUCUCUUAAGUCAUCCGUCCAUGUGUCAUAAUUUACCACCACCUGAUCACUGGACUGCUGAUGCACAUGUGCAUAAGCCUAUGACGUAGCAGAGGUGGCAUCACGAUCUUUUGAUUCACAGUCAGUCCAGUCAUUCCGGUCUAUUUAGUUUUUUUUUCUGCAAAAACACUUAAAAUAGCCAUUGUAUUUAAAUUA